AGCUUGCCCAUACGGUAAAAUUCAGAGAAUAAAAAUUCUCCAUUGCUUACCUAAAAUAUUUAAAAAAGUCCUCAUAAACCUCUAUACCUGGUUCGAUCAUCAGGAACCCUGAACUUAUUAUAUGAAGGCUAUUUUUCUGAGAAGGGUUUUAAAAUGCUCCAUUUUAAUGAAUUGAUUUGUAAAUGAAUGAAAGUCGGAAGCAACCUGAGAUUUAAGGAAAGUUAUGGCAGAGCAGGGAAGCAGAAACAAGACGGCGGGAGAGUCCUUUUAUGUCUGAGCUCACAUAAAUAGUUUGCUCUUCAGCACAAAAACAGGUGUAGCAGAAGAAUUCCUCAUGCCUUGCAUUUUUCUAGCUCUGAGAAAUAGUAGAAUCCGAAGUAUUAUAUGAUGGCAAACACCCUUCGUUUGAGUGUGAAUGAGAAAAAGUUUAUACUAGAGGCUUUACAACUCGAACAAAGAAUUGAUGGACGUCGCCCUUUCGAUUUCCGCAGAGUAUCAAUAAAGUUCGGCAGGGAGGAUGGUGCUGCAGAGGUGCAGCUAGGGCAAACCCACGUCAUGGGCAUUGUGACAGGACAGGUGCUUCGGCCUUAUCGUGACAGGCCAAAUGAAGGAACACUUUCAGUGUUUACUGAGUUUUCUCCAAUGGCUGAUCCUACAUUUGAGGUUGGGCGUCCUGGGGAAUUUGCUGUUGAACUAGGGCGCAUUGUGGACCGUGGUUUAAGGGAAAGUCGGGCAAUAGACACAGAGUCACUUUGUAUACUGGCAGGAAAAGCGGUCUGGGGGCUACGGGUCGACCUUAAUAUCCUGGAUAAUGGAGGGAAUCUUGUGGAUGCAGCUAAUAUCGCUGCAUUAGCUGCAUUGCUGUCAUUCCGUAGGCCUGAGUGUAGUGUGGGGGGUCAAGAUGGCCAGGAAAUCACUAUUCAUCCACCAGAGAUAAGAGAACCUUUGCCACUUAUAAUUCAUCAUCUACCUAUUGCUGUGACAUUUGCUUUCUUUGGUGAAGGAGACAUGGUGGUAUUGGAUCCAAACUACAAAGAAGAAGCAGUUAUGGGUGGAAGAAUGACCAUCACAAUGAACACACACGGAGAUGUAUGUGCAGUUCAAAAAGGAGGUGGCGUUGGUGUUAGUCAGAGUGAAAUAAUGCGAUGUUUCCGUGUUGCUUCUACGAAAGCAGCUGACAUAACAGCUAAGCUAAAAGAAUGUGUUGAAGCACAUUCAGUGGAGAGAGCCCAAAGGAAGAUCAAACGUCAUCGUCCUCAGGUUGCUGCUACAACUAAUGGAUCUGAAAUUAAAAUGAGUGAAGAAACUCUUAACACUACUCAAAAACAAGUUGACAAUGCUAUGGAAAUUGAAAAAAUCUUGAAUGAGAGCAAUGGUAAGGAUGAAAUUGAUAUGGAAGUGGAAGAAGGUGAAGUUGAGUGUGAUGUAGCUGUAGAAGUUCACAACAUUCAUGACAAAAAAGAAAUGGCAGGUUUUUUCAGUGGUGGUCCUUCAAAAUGGGAUCCUUAUUCAAGGGGAAUUUCAGCACCUCUUUCCAUGGAGCUUCUGCAAUCUUCUCUUGGUACUGAAUUAUUAGAUGCAGUACAAGGAAAUAGUUUGCAGAAGACAAGCCAAUCCACGGAGGAUUUGAAGGCCACAAUAUCAGGAGUAGAACAGACAGCAGUUGUGCUGGAGGAGCAGGACAAAAUCUCACCUGGAUUAGUGUCUUUAAAGGCAACUGAUAUUCAAAGUAACGAGCAAGUUAUAAAGAUUUCUGCAAAUGAACCUCAGAGUUUGCAAGAUGCCAUAAAGGAUAAUUCAAGAAGAAAGAAGAAGAAAAAAGCUGCAAAAAGUUAAAUCUUACUGUCUUCACAAAUCUGGUGCUAGUCAGCAGUUUUUCGUGAAUGCUGUCAUUAUUUUUCAGCACAAAUAUACAAGGCCUUCGCAGAUUAGUCUACUCAAUAACGAGUUCAAUCUUCAAAUUCAAAAACUAUCGUACUAGUAAAUGCUGAGCUCAAUGCUAAAAACAUCAUAAAGCAGACAAAAGAUGUAAAGUUGCACUCAGUUAUCUAGUGCAUGGUGCAUUUACUUGGUGUUCCUUACCUCCUUAUUGCAACACCAGGCCAUGUAUCACUAUGACUGAGCAACAUGAGUGGUUUCAGGCCGGCCUUUUACUGGUAGGUUGUUUUCUGAUAUUCAUCUUGGCUAUUUUUUUUGUCAGGAUUGUUUAAAAGUUGAGUCAGUUUCCGGCAUAUAUUGUGCAAGUGAAGUUUGUUUGCAAUGAGCAUGCCAACUUGACUUGGAAUGUAUAAUUGUAAUGCAUUGCCUAUAUCCAUCUGGGAUGGGGUUGCAUUUCGUUUUUAAAUAAUUGGACUAACCUCAAAUAUUUUCUCUUUGUUUUUCAA